CAGCAAAGUCAAUCCUCACCGCGCCGCCCAACGUCAAGAUGCCCAAAGUUUACAAGCCCGGAAAAGUCGCCAUCGUCCUGCAGGGCCGCCAGGCAGGCAAGAAGGUUGUCGUUAUUAAACAACUCGAUGAGGGAACCAAGGAGCGACCAUACCCCCACGCCAUCGUUGCCGGAAUCGAACGCUACCCGCGAAAAGUUACGCGGACUAUGGGCGCCAAGAAAUUGCAGCGGAGAAGCCGCGUUAAGCCUUUCAUUAAGGUGAUUAACUACUCGCAUCUAUUCCCCACGCGUUACGCUUUGGAGUUGGAGAGCUUGAAGAACUCAGUGUCUGCUGACCACUUCAAGGAGCCAUCACAACGGGAGGAUGCACGGAAGAACAUCAAAAAGUUGUUCGAGGAGCGUUACCAGACCGGAAAGAACAAGUGGUUCUUCCAGGCCCUUCGCUUCUGAUCGCUUCUUUUUAUAUCUGUGGUGCUUGGGAGACGACUUAGCAAAACUACAUGUACACCACAUGUCCCUACAUGACGCAUGCUUUUUAUGCACCAUUGCAUGAUAUUUCUACGUGGACGUGAUACUUGCCUGUGUAUCGGUGUGAUUACUGUAACUCGCAGGCGCAAGUCAUGCAAGUCGCUAGUUAUUUAACCAGGUGGUCCGCCUGCCUAGCAGCUUUUGUAUCAUAGAUUCAUUUCGGGAUUUGUGAACAGAUCGUUGUCCGUUAUCGAGUCAGAUUGUAGCAAUGUGACACCAGUCAUCCCAGA